CAAGACUACAUAACUGUAUUGGACCAGAGCUUGUCCCGGCAGACUUGGACACUCGAGAGUUGAAUCAUAACAGAUCGAAAUUCUUUAUCAAAAGUACUCUUAAACAAGUUAUCAGCUGUAUCUCAGUAAACAGCAAAGAUUGAAUUGAGUUCGCGGCAUUUUGUAAAACCAAUGCCGUCAGCAAUGGAAACUCAGUGGUCUUCACCCAAGUUUAUAACUUGCCCCGACUGCGGAGAAAGAUACGACAAUUCACACAAGAGAAGGCUCAUUGAUACCUGUGGACAUCCACGAUGCUAUUCGUGUCUCUUUGUAGACAAACCUUGUCCACUGUGUCUGAAACUUCCACAAGAUCCCAAAUCGCGUUCCAGUCAGUCGAUUCAAACCGGGGGGUCUGGCUCCGAUGAAUCCUUGAACACCUCAAGUAACACUCUGACAUCCGGGAAACUAACCAAGGAUCAAAGCUCUCUCUCACACCCAGACCUCAGUGAGAUUCACAAGACCCGCGCGGCCACCUUACCUGCUCGUGGCUUCAGGACAGAUAACUACUUCAGGUCUCUGUAUCGAUACGACCCUCACGCUACAGAAAACAGUGACCUUAGAGACCCAAAGAACAGGCACAGGAACGUUCAAAAUUAUCAUAAAUCGCUUGAGAACCUUUCAGACCAGUUUUGGAAAAGUGUUGAAAGAGCUUCCAGUCCACUUGGACGAGGUGCAAUCUCUUCAUCAAGGACUGAUGACUCACCUCCUUCAUCGAUAAAGUCUUCUACAGACGACGUCACAUCCGGUCUUGCCAGGCUUGCUGUCCCAGACCAACCAAGGCGACGUUCCGCAACGGAGGUCGCAAAAAUCUCCGAGUACGUCAGCGAAAGACAGAAACGUAAUUCUCUUCGGAGCGAAGGCUUACGAAAAUCAGAGAAUACCGAAGUCAGGCCCCGAUCGCAGUCGGACCUCAUUACGACCACACCUUCGGAAGGAGGCAACAAGGAAACAAGGAGUUACACGUUGCCCAUUAAUUUCUAUGCCUCGGAAUUUGAAAGAAGCCGACCAUCGUCCGACAGAUCGUCGGACACCUCACUGCCGUUUUCCGAUUCCUGCUCGGAAAGCUCCGGUGAUUCCGAUCACUUGACCGUGGGUAAUCCCCGCAGCCCAAAUUACAGAGGUAUCUCUAAGAGAUGGUCAUACGACGAGAAUCAAAACGAACGAUUAAGAAUAGCUGAAGAGCGACUUCUAAAUGGACUCAUGGGUAGCGAAGAGGCUGCAAAGCGAAAGAAAAUCACUAAAAACCCUCUAGAAAAUGUCAUCCACUGGGUCAUAGAGCCGCCUAAACAGGAUCAACCUGCAACAACGCACCCAGGUGGAGUACAAAAAGAGAGCCAGCUUCCAAGAAGGCCAGAUCCACCAAAACGAGGCGACAGUAGUAAACGAAUCAAUGUACAGAAAAUACAAGAGUACAGAGAAGUAACCAAUCUUUGAUGCGUGCACACGUGAGCAGAUGAUAAGAUUAAACGUUGAUAGUCUCCCGAGAGGCUAAUGACUUUGAAAACGACUGACUGAAGUUUGAUAUUAUAUUAAUAUUAUAUGGAAGCGCUCUGUGGACCGCUGUUGAUCGGUGGUCUGUAGGCAGGACUUGAUGGGCGCGUCAGAAGACACUUUGACUUAUUGAACAUGAUUUGAGAGCUGAUUCUGCAUUUUAAGUCUGUUUUAUUGUUCAAAGGUUAUUCUACGAAAUGUGAUUUACUUGAACUUGAUUCUCUUAUGCACAGUUGAAUCAUCCAUUUUAACUCUCGAUAUCUGCGUUAAAAAUAACAAUUAAGACCGCUGAUGUAAGUAACUUUCUAAAGUUUCAAGUCGAAUCAGUAAAGGUGUACCGCGUAUGUAAGCUACAGUAAAAAAAAAGAUGACAAGAGUAAAGUCUGUAGAUAAGUAUUUUGUAGCAGACCAAAGCUUCAACUUUUUUACUGGAUCAUUGAACUACUCUUUGAAGAACGACAGACCAAACAAGGCUGAGUUAUUUAAUGGUUCUGUUUAGUCUCCGUAACGAUGUGCCCCACAAGUGCAUUGAGCUUCGUUGUAUCUUUAUCUUAUAGUAACCGCUUUUGCCCUCUACUUUUGCUUGUAAAAUUAAUGGGUAAAAUAACAAAGAGUUUAAUAGUAUUAAACACUCGGCAUUGUCAGAAACGAAAACGUGACAGACUGACAAAUUCAGUGCUUUUAAAGCUGAUUUGCAUAGCUUUAGUAAGAGAACUGAUAAAUAAUUAACAUAGUAGGAUCCGAAUUGAUCAACAAUGCUUGUACAUUAUAAAAUGGAUGAUUUCAAUAACGUAAUCGUGUAAAAAAAAAAGAAUGAAAGUUGACUCAGUAACAUAACUUCCUUGAAAAGUAUACAUUUAUCAAAUAAAAAUCAAGUUCAUUGGUGA